AUCCCAUCUAAUGCCGAGGCUGAAGGAAUCGCGCUCCCACGAGUCCCUGCUCAGUCCCAGUAGUGCUGUUGAGGCUCUGGAUCUCAGUAUGGAGGAGGAAGUGGUCAUCAAGCCAGUCCACAGUAGCAUCCUGGGACAAGACUACUGCUUUGAGGUGACGACUUCAUCAGGAAGUAAGUGCUUCUCGUGUCGGUCGGCAGCAGAGCGAGAUAAAUGGAUGGAGAACCUGCGGCGUGCCGUGCACCCCAACAAGGACAACAGCAGAAGGGUAGAGAAUAUGUUAAAGUUAUGGAUUAUUGAAGCCAAGGACCUGCCAGCUAAGAAAAAGUACUUGUGUGAAUUAUGCUUGGAUGACGUUCUUUAUGCACGAACUACCUGUAAAUUGAAAACUGAUAAUGUCUUUUGGGGGGAGCACUUUGAAUUUAAUAACCUCCCAUCGCUCAAAAACAUUACUGUGCACUUAUACAAAGAGACUGACAAGAAGAAGAAGAAGGACAAGACCAACUUCAUCGGGCAGGUGAACAUCCCCGUGAGCUCGGUGACGGGCCGGCAGUUCGUGGAGAAGUGGUACCCAGUGGUGAGCCCCAACCCCAGCAAGGGCAAGUCCCCAGGGCCCAUGAUCCGCAUCAAAUCCCGCUACCAGAGCAUGAGCAUCCUUCCCAUGGAGAUGUACAAGGAGUUUGCUGAGUACAUCACCAACAAUUACAUGGUGCUGUGCUCGGUGCUGGAGCCCUCGCUGAGCGUGAAGAACAAGGAGGAGAUGGCGUCGGCGCUGGUGCACAUCCUGCAGAGCACGGGCAAGGCCAAGGAUUUCUUGACUGACCUGAUGAUGUCUGAAGUUGAUCGCUGUGGUGAGAAUGAGCAUCUCAUUUUCAGGGAGAACACACUGGCCACCAAAGCAAUCGAAGAAUACCUGAAGCUGGUGGGGCAGAAAUACUUACAAGAUGCCUUAGGGGAGUUCAUCAAGGCACUGUAUGAAUCAGAUGAGAAUUGUGAGGUGGAUCCCAGCAAAUGUUCAUCUUCAGACCUCCCCGAACAUCAGGGCAACCUGAAGAUGUGCUGUGAGCUGGCCUUCUGCAAGAUCAUCAACUCCUACUGUGUCUUCCCAAGAGAGCUCAAAGAAGUUUUUGCCUCGUGGAGACAAGAGUGCAGCAACCGAGGCCGCCCCGACAUCAGCGAGCGCCUGAUCAGUGCCUCCCUGUUCCUGCGGUUCCUGUGCCCGGCCAUCAUGUCCCCGUCCCUGUUCAGCCUGCUCCAGGAGUACCCCGAUGACCGCACCGCACGCACUUUGACUCUCAUCGCCAAGGUCACCCAGAACCUCGCCAACUUCGCCAAGUUUGGCAGCAAAGAGGAAUACAUGUCCUUUAUGAAUCAGUUCCUGGAACACGAAUGGACUAACAUGCAGAGAUUUCUCCUGGAGAUUUCCAAUCCUGAAACCAUCUCAAACACAGCUGGCUUUGAGGGCUACAUUGACCUGGGCCGGGAACUGUCCACGUUGCACUCACUACUCUGGGAAGUCAUUUCUCAACUGGAGCAGGGCACUGCCACCAAACUGGGGCCUCUGCCGCGGAUCCUGCGGGACGUGAACGCCGCUCUCAGUAACCCGGCCUGUGUGCAGCUGUCGGUCACGGCCGACCACGCCGCCUCCACGCCCAGUGCUGGCAACAGCAUCUCUGCAGGGCUGCAGAAAAUGGUCAUAGAGAAUGACUUAUCUGGUCUGAUAGAUUUCACACGGUUACCAUCUCCAACCCCUGAAAACAAGGACUUGUUUUUUGUCACAAGGUCUGCUGGGGCCCAGCCCUCACCUGCCCGAAGCUCCAGUUACUCAGAGGCCAAUGAGCCCGACGUGCAGAUGUCUAAUGGCAGCAAGAGUUUGUCCAUGGUGGACUUGCAGGACAAUCGGCUCUUGGACAGUGGGGCCAACGUGCCCGGCACGGCCGACUCCCUCAAUGACAGUCAGUCGUCCCUGGGGCAGUUGCAGGGCGUAUGGAGCACACGGACUCAGCAGAACAGCGUCACGGGCAUGGCCACCGUGCGCCGGGUGGGUCAGACCCCCACCACGCCGAGCGGCGAGAGCGCGCCCGGCCGGCCCCAGCUGCUGGCGCCGCUGUCCUUCCAGAACCCCGUGUACCAGAUGGCCGCCGGGCUGCCGCUGUCCCCCCGCGGCCUGGGCGACUCCGGCUCCGAGUGCCACAGCUCGCUCAGUUCCCACAGCAACAGCGAGGAGCUGACCGCCAACAAGCACGGCUUCGCCGGCCCCGCCGCCGGGGAGGACUUCUCGCGCCGGCCGGGGGAGCUGGCCCGGCGGCAGCUGUCGCUGACCGAGAAGGGCGGGCAGCCCACGAUGCCGCGGCAGAACAGCGCGGGGCCGCAGCGCCGCAUCGACCAGCCGCCCCCGCCGCCCCCGCCCGUCACCCGCGGCCGCACGCCGCCCUCCCUGCUGAACACGGUGCAGUACCAGCGACCCUCCAGCGGCAGCAUGAUGUCCUCAUCGCCCGACUGGCCCGGCAGCGGGGCGCGGCUCCGGCAGCAGUCCUCCUCCUCCAAGGGUGACAGCCCCGAGAUGAAGCAGCGCACGAUGCACAAACAGGCCCCUUCUCCUGUGAACCCCAAUGCCCUGGACCGCACUGCUGCUUGGCUUUUGAAUAUGAACAUGCAGUUUUUAGAAGAUGAAAGCAUUGACCCAGAUUCCAAGCACAGGGAUAAGCUCAGGAAUAAGGACGAGCUCAGCCAAGCAGAAAAGGACCUGGUGGUGCUGCAGGACAAGCUCCGCAUCUCCAACAAGAAGCUGGAGGAAUAUGAGACUCGCUUCAAAUGCCAGGAGGAGACCACGCAGAAGCUGGUGCUGGAGUACCAGGCCAGGCUGGAGGAGAGCGAGGAGCGGCUCCGGAGGCAGCAGGAGGAUAAGGAGAUCCAGAUGAAGGGCAUCAUCAGCAGACUGAUGUCAGUUGAGGAGGAGUUAAAGAAGGACCACGCUGAAAUGCAGGCUGCUGUGGAUUCCAAGCAGAAGAUUAUUGAUGCACAGGAGAAACGCAUUGCUUCCCUGGAUGCUGCCAACGCACGGCUAAUGAGUGCCCUUACUCAGCUGAAAGAGAGGUACAGCAUGCAGACACGUAAUGGGAUCUCCCCCACAAACCCAACUAAAUUGCAGAUUACAGAGAAUGGAGAAUUCAGAAACAGCAGUAAUUGUUAA